AUCUUAGGGAAGUUGGAGUUAAAGUAAAAGAAUUUCAUGGUCACUUUCAGUGUAUUGUUGGUAAUUACUCAGAUCUACAGUCACAAGAUUACCUGAGCUGAGCUGACCAGAGCAUUGCUGUCAUAGAAAGGGCUGACUAUAAUGUCAGCGUUCAGGUCAGUGGUUGGUGUGGCUGUGUUCCUUCUCCAACUCUGGGGCACAAACUCUUUCCCCACCUCCCAUGGCUGUCCUGUUCCCUGCCUGUGCCAGCGAGGUCCUCUCCUUAACUGUUCCUCUUUGGGCCUAACCAUGGCUCCAGCAAGCAUCCCAGCAACUGCAGUUUCCUUGAACAUAUCCGAUAAUGCCCUGCGUACAUUGAUUCCUCUCAGUUCUGGUCAUGUGAAGUUGAAGGGAUUCCUGCACCUCUGGGUGGGAAGUAAUGCUUUGAAGAGUCUGUCUCUUUUUUUGAGGAAGGAAUGGUCAGGCACUAGGACCCUGUCAAGUGGAGAAGGAAUGCAUGUCAUGGGCACCUGACCUUCAGUUACUGUCUGCUGAAAGAAACCAUUUAAAAAAUCUUCCAAGGGGACUGGGCUGCGUGAAGUCUCUAAAGAUUCUUCAGCUAUCUUAUAACCAGAUAUCUGAGCUAGUUCCUGCUGACCUCGCCAACUGCACUAAUCUGAAAGAGCUCCAUCUUCAGCAUAACCUCAUCAGAAGCAUUCACCCACAUGCCUUUAUAGACCUAAAACAGCUCCAGGUCCUUGAUCUGAGCUAUAACCUCCUGGCCACCAUACCUGUCCCUGCAUACCAGUCUCUGAGGAACCUGAAUGCCUUGGUGGAUGUCUCCUUUAACAAAUGGAUAUGUGAUUGCAACUUACAGACCUUGAGAAGAUGGAUAGUCUUUGAUACUGAAGUGGGUGAUGCUUCCUGGCAAGUGGUGUGUGCUUCUCCACCAGAACAUUCUGGAAAAGAUCUGAUUCAUCUGAAGGACUCGGAUCUCACUUGUCCAACACAUGACUACAGCACAUCUGCUCACUAUCAGAAUGUGAUUUUGGAUGAAGGGAUGCAGAUAUUAAUUUCUUGCUGUAAUGGCAGUCAAGAUUACAUGCAGUUUCAUUGGUGGACUCCGCACGGCCAAGUUACAGAUAAUCAGCCAGAGCUUCUCAUUAAGGACAUCACAGAGGAGUAUGCAGGACUUUACAUAUGUGUUUCGGGUCUCCAGUGGAAGCACAUCUCAGUUUUUUAUCUACAUGUCUACAAAAUAGGAAGUGAAUCAAGACAACGUAGGGAUGCACCAGCUAUCACAGAUGAUAGUACUAGGCAAGAUGGGAAUAUAAAUGUGCAAAGGAUUGAUGGUGUCGUACGGCAGGAGAAAUGGUCUGAGUCAGAUUUUGUCCUUGCUGUGUGCCUCUCUGUCAUCAUCACAUUCAUUGUAGCUUUUAUCAUUGGUGUUCUUUUGAGACCACUGCUGGACAAAUUAUGGAAAAGAAUACGACCCAAGAGGCAAUCUACUCCUCCAACAGCCUCGAGGACUUCUUCCACUGGACCCCAGAUAUAUGUGAAUGAGGGAUAUUCUGAUCAGAGUGACCAAGAACAAGAAGUGAGAGUCGGUUCGAGAGUUACAUUUGGUGGAAUCACAGAAGUGGAGGAACAAGGGAAUAAUGUGCCUUAUUAUGUCACUGUAGAAGAUAAUGGUCCAGAUGGUUCCUCUGAAAGCAACACUGAGGUUGAUCUUACAUAUGAGAACAUACAGAAAAAGAAUGGGAGACAGAAUUCUCCUGAGGUGGAGAAGCAUAGAGGAAGAGCAGACAGCAGUAGAAGUAGCGCACUGCAGGAGAGCAAAGUUAAUGCUUUAGUAAUUAAUACUAAGUCAUUGGCAUCCAGCUCAACAGAAGAGAGAACAAAUGCUCAAAAUACAGAUGUCAAGGACUUUAAGCCAAUUCCAGAUGCAGAUGACCUCGAAUUAAAGAGAAGAAGCAGUUCAUCAUCAUCACACAGUUCAGAAUCAUCACACUCAAGACAAAGCCAGGAGAUUAACUUUUCCGCUGAACAAAGCAUUGACCCUCCUACUGUCAAUUUAUCUGCAAUUGAAACAAACAAAAAGGCUAUAAUAUCAAGAUUUACAAAAGAGACCUUUUCAGACUGGUUAACCAGGCUGACAGAACAGAAUGUUGAUGAUUUGGAUCCAGAAUUGUGGAAUGACAGCGGAGAGAGCUUUUCUUUCAAUGAAGGGUCUGAAAGAUCAAGUAUUCAAGAUCUCUCCAGCUCUGUGUUAGUACAACCAUUGAAAGAUGAUAACACAUGGAGGCAACACAAACCCGAAUCACCCUCUGACAAAAUAUACUUAGAUAAAAAAUUUGGUAAAAACAUUUCUGUUGAAAGUGUACAGCAGUUUGAGCACGCUGACAUACUAAGCUCUAAUUCAAGUGAAUGUGGUGAUAGUGAAGGUGGACCAAACAAUUAUACAAUAAACUCAGUGUUGGAGGAAGAAUCAGAGAUCGUUAUUGAAUCAGAUACAGGAAAUGGUGCCAGCCUUGCCACUCUUAACAGAUUCAGUACUGUUGAAGAUAUCACUAGAAAUGAAAACUCACAACAGGGUGCUGGAAUUCUUAUCAAACAAGAGACCAUCACCUUGGACCCUUAUGACAUCCAUUUGACUUUUACUCAUGGAGACAGUGUUGAUGACAGGAUGCUUACUGAUGAAACAAAGAGCAAGAGUGAAGAUGUGAAUGAUUUCUAUGUGAACAUAUCAGGAAGAAAUCGCAGUCAUGAGGGCCUUCCACAAUACCUUGUCCAUCCGGUCUAUAGGACAAAACAAAAUAGACUGAAUAGAGCCCAUGAUACUGAUAGAUUAAGUACUGACAGUUCCAGUGAAGAUGAAGAGCAAUUUACAGAGUACCCAAGAAAAUUAGAUAUUAAAAUAGAACCUGGGAUAAAUACAGAAUCCAUCACAUCAAGCAAAAACGUAGACAACGUCCUCAACCUUGACUUUGACAACUCCUCUAGCAGCACAGAUGUAUUUGAGGAGAAACGUACCAAAGGUAAAACUGGUCUAAGAGCGUUAAGUGCUCUAUUAUUUAACAGACACGGAAAUGAAGCAAAUAACAGGAAUGUUCAACCACAAGUCCGAACUGGGUCAACAAAUAAUGUAGAUGUUGGAAGAACUGUAGGAUUUAUUGGUCCAACUUUCAACAGGCACACAAAGUUACCUGAGGAAAGGGUCCAACAAACUACUGAUGAGAACAGUUUAUUUGGCUGUAUUGGGCUGUCUUUUGAUCAGUUGCCAAGACCUAAAAAAUCCAUUUUGUUUGCAAUCUCUGAUUCUCAAUCACCAAACCAAUUAUCAUCUCUUCCCUCAAAAGAUACAGGAAAUGCACAAAAAGAAAAUGCAGAAUCUGAAUCCAGAAGAACAAGUCUUAACUCUUCAUCUGAGGAAAGUAGUCUCAAUGCAAAAAAUGAGGAGAACAUUUUAUUUGGACAGAGUUUAUCCCUUAAUCAACAACCAAAAGUGAAAAGGUACAUUCACUUCUCACAUUCUAAUCCUCAUCCUAAAGUCCAAUUGCCAUCUCCUCCACUAACCAAAAAGUUAGUUACACCUGACUUUAUAGUAAACAACGAGUCCAGGAGAUCCAGUUCUUCAUUGGAAGAUGACACCAAACAAACCACUGAAGUUGAAAAUUUCUUUGGGCAAGUGGAUGUUGCUUAUGAUGGAUUUCAGAAACUAAAAAGAUACAUUGAAUUCUCACACACUGAUCCUUAUUCCACAACACAGCCUUUGAACAAACAAAGUAUUUCACCUGUUUUGGCACAACUCGAAUCAAGUUCAAGAACGUCAUCUGAAGAUGAAGUCAAACCCACAUCUAAAGAAGACAAUUUCUUUGAGAAGAUAGAUGUAUCUCUUGAUAGAGUGCCAAAGGUGAAGAGACACAUUCAAUUUAAUCAGCCUGAAUCUUACUUUCCAACUUUAUCAUUUUCAACUCAUUCAACCAUGAAACUUGAGGUGGAGACAAGUUCAAGCACACCUAUCAGGUCUGAUGUCAAACCUGAUCCUAAGGACAACAAUUUCUUUGGGCAAAAAAGCAUGUAUCUUGAUAAAGUGCAGAAGGUUAAACGAUCAAUUCAGUUUACACAGUCCAAACCUCAUUGUCCAACUCUGCCAGCAUUUUCUUCUUCCUCAACAAAGAGGAUGACACAUGAGAUAACUGAAGAUAACACUGAUACAUCCCCUGUACAGGAAGAGGAGGAAGAAAACUUCUUCAGGGAAAUAGGGGUAUCUUCUAAUGGAGUUUCAAAUGUAAAAAGAUACAUCGCAUUUAAACAGUUUGAUCCUUCUUCCCCUAAAGCUGAGGCCACAUCUGAGGGAGAAAAACAUUCUAUGCAUUCCAGCACCUCUAAAGAUAAUGUCAGAUCUCAGAAUAAUGGUGAUACUUUCUUUGAUAAAAUUGGUGUAUCGUUUGACGGUGUACCAAAGGUAAAACAAUAUCUUCAGCUUAAGGGACCUGAACCUCAUCCACACCAAACUCAGUCCACAUCUCUUUCUUCAACCUCAGGGGUAGUUAUACCUGGGAUAGUGGGAACUGAGUUCAGGGGAACCAGUUCAUCGUUUGAGAAUCAUGGUAAUCCUACAGCAAAGGAAAAUGAGUUCUUUGGAGAACUAGGUAUCUCUCUUGAUAGAGUACCACAAAUAAAGAGAUUUCUUCAAUUUAAACAACCUAUUUCUCAUUUACCAGUUGUACCUCACACCACUUCUUCAAAUACACUACAUGGUAUACCUGAGGAGCAAAUUAAAACAGAAUCAACUAGACUGACCACUUCAUUUGAGGAUAAUGUCACAACUACUGAGAAAGACAAUUUCUUUGUCCAACUAGGAGUACCAAAAGUUGAUAGAGUACCAAAAUUUAAGAGAUAUAUUAAUUUCACACAGCCUGAAAGUGAAUCCCCUGCUCAGGCAACAAAUGUUCUUUCAUCUCAAAGAGUCAGCAUAUCUGGGGUAUCUAAAGAAACAAGGAGAUCAAGCAGUUCAUCUGAAGAUGAUGUUAAACCAUUUACUAAUAAUAGAAAUACCAUUGAAGAACCAGGUGAAUCUCUUGACAAAGUCCCAAAAGUAAAGAGAUACAUUAAGCUUAAACAAUUUGAAAAUGAUUCACCUGCGAUGUCAACAUUUACACCUUUAAGCAAGGUAAAACCCAUAAAGUUGACAGAAACAGAAUUGAGCAGAUCCAACACAAUAACUGAAGAUGAUGUACAACCAGCAAACAGGGAGAACCAAACAGAAUCAAGAAGAAUGAGCUCUUCAUCGGAGGAUGAUGCCACACUAACUGCUAAGCAAGACAAUUUCUUUGGGCAAACAGGAGCAUCUCUCAACAGAGUACCAAAAGUUAAAAAAUAUAUCCAUUUUACACCGACUGAACGCCAUUCCCCUGCUCAGUCAACAAGUGCUCUUUCAAAUAAAAAAGUCAGUAUAUCUGAAGAAGCUAGAGAAACAUGGAGAUACAGCACUUCAUCUGAUGAAGAUGUUAAACAAAGCAGUAAUGAUGACAAUUUCUUUAGAGGUGUAUCUCUUGACAAAAGCUCAAAGGUAAAGAGAUACGUUGCAUUCUCAAAGUCUGAAUCAUAUUCUCAAACUCAGUCACAAGCUGAAUCAACUCUUCAAACUCUGCAACAAUCUCAAAGGUUAAACACACAACAUCUUGGUCCAGUGGUAAAAACAGAACCUUGUUCCUUACCUGAACAUGAUGUUCAACCCAAAAAUUAUGAAAAUAAUUUCUAUGGACAGAUAGACACCUCUUUCAAUCAACUGCCGAAGGUAAAAAGAUUUGUUGAGUUCAAACAGCAUGAGCUUCACCUCCCAGUUAAGUCUUCAUUUAUGGAGGUAUCACCUGUCUUAAUGAAAAAAGGGUCUGCUUCAGUAAUAAAGACUGAAUCUGAAUCAUGGAGAUCUGAUUUUAGUUACAAAGACAACAUUAUAACAAGAGAGUCUAUAGACAGAUCGGUAGAACAGACUGGCCUAAAACCAGAAUUGAGGGAAUUGAUGUCCCAUCCACAAAAAACCCCACCUUCCCUUGAGCAGGAUGCCAGAGAGUAUCUGAGAGACAAUUCUCAAGUCCGUCAGAGGCAAGAACGGAGACGUUUACUCCAGCAAAGAAGAAAGGCAUUGGACCAAUUCGGCAUUGAUUCCCUAUCUUCUUUGACACAAGAGGGUGAAAAGAAGGACAGUAGCUCAUUUGUGGAUUAUGGAGGAGCAACAUCAUUCCACACAGAAAUCACUUACAGCAAUGUCUCUACAGGGAAUCCUGUAACAUCUAGACGCACAGAUGUAGCCGAAGUUCCAGGAUUACAGGGCCUUAAAAUGAGGAAUAUCUCACCAGUCAGUUCAAAGUCAGCAACUCCUAAUAAUAAAGAGUUUUUAAUUUAGAUCAAGAGGCAUAUGUUGACUUGUAAUUUUGUCAACGUUAUGAUCCUUUUCAAAUCUAGUCUUUGUAAGCUUGUGGAACUAAUGAGAGGUUACUGACAUAGUAUUGUAAAUACAAAUGUAAUAUAACUGUGAACAUAACCUAAAGUUAUCAUAUUAUGAGCUCAGUACUCUUUGAAUUAAGUAUUCAAAACGAAGUAUGAAUUUUUAUAAUAAGAAUGUGUUGUAUAAAAAUGUAAUCACUUUCUGUUGAUUUUAGCUGUAUGAAAUAGCAAAAAUAAAAAACCCAAAG